ACUACCAGAACCAAUCGACCCCAAGAUAUAUAUAUCCACCAAAUCUACAUACACAUAUUUAAGCAUAUAAUGACAGAUCCAGCCGAGCCCCCAAACUUCCACUCCCCAGCCAACAUCUUCCUCCAAAAAGAAGUCUACCGUCUAGGCUCCCAACCAGGCCUCCGCUCUCUCCCUCCCAGCCCCGAACGCGACUUUAUCACCCUAACCUGGGGCCCUGUUAUCUACCGCACUACAUACGCCCCGGAGUCCCAGCGUCUCAUCUUACUAUACCUGCGCGGCCUGAACGAGACAAUCCGUAAAUCCCUCUCGCGUGUUCUUGAGGGGAGUUCUGAGCAACUUGCGCGGCUUGAACAAUGUUACUCGUCUAAGGUGUUUAGUUCGCAGGAGACAUUGCAUGGGGUUGAUGAGGGGUUCGUCCGGGAUGCAUUUCAUGAUUGGAAGGUUGCGCUUUCUGUACCGGCUAUUGAGUUGCCGGUGCGGUUGAGGGUGUGUAUGUUGAUUGACGAUGCGGUGCUGGCGGCGAUGACGGGGAUUGUGGAUGAAGCGGCGAGGGAGGUCGAGGAUGUGGAUAUCUCACGGUGUCCUAUUAAGGUCAUUGAGGAGAACUUUCCGGAUGUGAAUCAUCCCGAGUCUGUCUCGGCUGCUGACGAUGAGCCCUAUUUCGGAUCGACGACGGUGGUGCUGGGUGCGUUGGUUGAGAUGUAUGAUGGGUUGCGACAAGGGAAGCUGCUGGCAGACUACCAUAAACAGGGGCAUGUAUAUCUCGGUGAUGGGAAGUGGAAAUGACAUUCCAUUGUACUAUAAUGUAUAAUAUCAUCGUGUACUUUACUCCAAGAUCUAGAAGGCUUCA